CUCUAUCAAGCUGGUCUUGCCCACCUCUACCAUUCUUGGAAUCUGAAUAUCUUUAUAUUUCAACGAUAAGCUCUCUUUCUGUCUAUCUCUCUUUCUACUUUACCCUCUUAUCUCAUCAUCUUACCUCAAUCCACCUCACUUCACCCCACCACAUCUACACAACAUCAUCACAUCCCGCCACCACCACCACCAAAAUGUCCACCCUCAACCUCCUCACCAACCUCUCCAUGCCCCUCGACCUCGCCUCUUUCCCCACCCCCCAAACGGCCUCCCCCUCCCUCCCGCUCAACCUCCCCCCCACCCCAUCAGGACUCAGCACCCUCCCCCUCACCAUCCGCGUGCUCAUCCUCCUCCUGCCCAUCAUCCUCCCCUUCCUCGCCCCCUACAUCUUCAGCUACUUUGCCUUCCCCAAGGGCUUCAUCGAGGUGCGCAACGAGGAUCUCGAGGACUAUGACCCUGCUGUCUAUUGGGCAGCUCUGGCCGAACGCUUCGUCGAGCCGAAUUAAGUUCUUUUGAAAAAGGGACUUUAUUGCACGUUUGCUUUUUUGAUAGGUAGCGUUAGCCGUUAGCUAGCUACCAGGGGGAGAGGAGUGAGGGAGUCCAUCUAAAGUUGGACGCUGGAUCUAUGAUAGAUUAUUGGGAAGACUUCGAUUCCUCGGAUCUUGCGCAGGGACGCCUUUCAGAUUCUUGGUGUUUUGGGGAGGAUCUAGGGAGUCAUUCUUUACUGGGCUUUCUCCUUUUUGUCCCCCUUAUGUUUGCGAACUCUAUUGGUAUUAUUCAUGGGUAUUGUCGGAUGGAAGAGAAGACUUAUUAUGAGUUAUGAAUUGUGCUACGGAAUGGAGUCUUUUUGGCUUUGGUUUAUAGACUUACAAACAUGAACUGGAGAAUCGAGACUUUCUUUUUUAUAUUCAAAUUUUGGAGACGUAGACAUAAAGUGUGAC